AUGCCACGAUCCUCCGGACCGUCACGGCGACUCGCAACAGUCUUGCUCCUGUUCGUGGUCAUAGCUGGAGUCAUCUUUCUCUCCACGUCCCGCAACAGUCCGAUCGAUGUUCUGAGCCCCCUGAACGGGCCUGGCGCCGCAUCUCCACCGCACGACGAUACGACCAUCGACCAGACGACACUCAGCGGUCACGCCAUUGCCCCAAAGCUGGGAAACGAGACAGCAAAAGAAGAAUUGGGACGAGCGGCAUGGAAGCUGCUACACACAAUAAUGGCGAGAUUUCCGGACAAGCCCACCCAGGAUGAGAGUGCGGCUUUGAAAAGCUACAUCCAUCUCUUCCAGAGACUCUACCCGUGCGGCGAGUGUGCUGAGCACUUUGGACAGCUUUUGAAGAAGUUCCCGCCCCAGGUUUCAUCCCGUUCCGCAGCAGCUGCGUGGGCGUGCCAUGUGCACAAUAAAGUCAACGAGAGGCUGAAGAAGGAGCUAUUUGAUUGCGCCAACAUUGGCGAUUUCUAUGACUGUGGCUGUGCUGAAGACGGCGAUGAGAAGGAGGAGAAGAAUAAGAAGAAAUCUGGCGGGUUUGACACGCCGUCUGGAAAACCGGAGAUGAGUGACGAGGCCAAAGAGAAGCUCCACACGAAUGGACGGGAUUUCAACAUGGAUCUCCUCCGGGCAGGUCGAGAUGUCUAG